AUGUUCAAAUCAAGUCCUCCAUUAUGGAGUGAUGCAAUCCUCGUGAUAUCCACCUCUCUCUUCGUCUUCGUCUGUCUGCCAGGGACACGGGAAAACCUGCACCUCCACUGCAAGACACUCCAGCAUCUUGCGGCAUAUGAAGAUGCGCCAGUCCCACCCAUUACCUUUGAUAUGAUUGAAGGCAGCAGUCGGUCGCCACCACCAGAUGAAGCCGCACCUUCUGCCACAUCUUCCGGCUCCAAGCGGGCUCUGAAUGGAUCGUCGAAGAAGGCAGAUGCUGUGCAGCGGGCGAAGCGCGUCCGCGUCUCUCGAGCCUGCGACCAGUGCAGGAAUGGCCGGGAAAAGUGCGAUGGCGCAACACCCACCUGCCAUACUUGUGAGUCGCAGCAUCGCGUGUGCACGUACAAUGAGCAGCCGAAAAAGAGAGGAAUCCAGCCAAACUACAUUCGCACGUUGGAGUUGACAUUGGCUUGGCUGUUGCAAGCAUCGCCGGAGAGCGAGGAGAAAUUGUCACAAUUGCUGCCAAAUGGGAAUGAUUCUGUCCACCAAACAAUUUCUGGCAAGGAUGCUGCGGCCGCAGACGUGCUGCAUGGCGGGUGGCGAAGUGGUAUCAUCUGCAGACAGAUUGACCAAAUGCUAUCAGGCGCGGAUAUUGAAGUGCCGAGGACGUCGCCAACAAGGAUUCCUCAGGACAUUACCAACAACACCCCGUAUCAAUCGCCUCCGCAAUCAGCACCAUCUGAUACUGGUGUUCUGCAGGUGGAAGUCCCUGAGCUAGCCAAUGCUGGACUGACUGGACAAUCUGACGCAGAUUUUGCCUUGCUGAAACUCCCCGAGAACUCUUGGGCAUUGCUCGAGCAUUACUUCACCUUUACCCAAGCCUGGCUACCCAUCACAGAAAAGCAUGAUGUAUUAAAGCUCAUGUACAAUUAUCCCGCCCAAGGUCUCCCGAGAGACGAAGCAGUGGCGUCUGAGCACGCUGAACUGUGGAGCAUCAUGGCCUUUUCCGCCGCACGGAUGGACAGCGCGGAUUCUGGAGCUAGCUUCUUGCUGUGUCGAGACGUUGCAAAAGCCUUGAUACCCCAUGAGCAAGGCUUCGCGUUGGGUCACAUCAAAGCUCUCCUCAUCCUUGGACUGGUAGAGAUUUCCAGAGAGGCCUGGAUCACAGCUUGGCUGACCAUUGGCUCUGCCAUUCGAUUCUUGACCCACCUCACAGCAGGAAGAGGCACCGCCACUCGUCUGAAUGAGGGGAGAACCAAACAUACCUUCCUUGCGGCGUUCCUCCUUGAGAGUACAAUAGCUUCUCAUUCUGGCGGAAUUGCACAUCUGAGGCCUGACAAUGUUCGUAGUAUCGGACUCCUCAUUGAAGACGGAUUGGAGGAGUGGUCACCUUGGUCAGAUCCAACCCUGGGCACCACUUCCGCACACGAGAAAUCACCCGCAAGAUCCAUAUCUACCUUCAACGAGCUCAUCCGCAUUGCACUCCGCUGUCACGCCCAACAGAUCAUGACGCCGGCUAAUGGUAGCAGGWCGGAGAUGGACUUGGUGACAACACUGCUCAGGAAUACCUCCGUACACCCUCGUACGGUACUCACCAACUACUGCUCCGCGCCGAAACCAGCAGCAGCCAACAUACCAUACAUGGGUGAAGUUCAUACUCCACAGUCAGCAAUUGGUCACAUCAGGAACAACUCCAACAUAGAAAUGACAGACGCAAUCUUCGAUCAUCAAUACCCAUUCAUGAGCAUGCCAAACGAAGCAGCUGAGUCUUUACAAUCAAGUACUCCUGCUCAAGCGAUCGGAGCUACCCCAUCAAAUCUAUGGACUGCUGGCGAGAGUUCCACCAAUCUGGAGCGCGGAAAUAUACAACCCGGCAAUGACAUUUUUGAAGAAUUGGCAAUGCUGKAUCGAUCGGAAUCCAAUCAAAACCCUAGCUUCAUGCAGAAUCUUGGCUUCGGAAGCUUUGGUGCUGAUAUGGAGCUUGCCGAUUUCUUUGGUGCGGAUUAUCAGUGGCCGCAGAAUUACGAUAAGGGGGGCUGA